AUGACCGGUCUAUUCCAGCGAGUCACGUCCAAGAUUGCUGUUGGGAACUCCUCGCAAGACGCCAACGAAGAUCUCUUGCCUUCACCUCCCGAGGCCCGAAACUGGACAUGGUACAACUACAGCUCUCUAUGGGCUGGUCAGGCAUUGGAUGCCAGCUGGUGGAGUGUGGGAUUGUUCAAACCUGACGAUACCGCCAGCCUUAACGCUACGUUCGGCGCAUAUUACCAUGUCGGCUUCCCUGUAAUGAUUCGCCCUACUUUCGGAUCGAAAGGCUCCAAAUGGUUUGUCGUACUUCGUGGAUUAAUUGGCAUUGUCUGGUAUGCGAUCCAGGUCUACUACGCCGCUGAAAUGAUGAAUGUUAUGUGGAUUUGCAUCUUUGGCUCACGAUACAUCAACUGGACACCAGCAGUGCCCGCCUCAGCCGGUACAGAUGCUAAAACCAUUCUGAACUACUUCCUGGCAUGGUCGGUUUCGUUACCAUUGGCCAUGCUCCACCCAUCCAACCUCCGCCCGGUCUUCACCGCCCGAGUCAUUCUCGCAUUCGCCGCCUUCUUCACCAUGUUCGUCUGGUGCACCGUUCUCGGCCAAACAGACCCCAACGGGUUCAAAGGCUUUGCGAUCCUGCAGCCGACCCCCAUCUCCGGGUCGUCUUUGGGCUGGGCGUCGAUGAGCGCUAUCAACUCGGUCCUCGCCACCGUCGCGCCGAUGAUCACCAACCAGUCCGAUGUCUCGCGCUAUGCGAAGGCGCCGAGGCACGCUGGGUGGCCGCAGGGCGUCACGAUCUUCGUGAGCAAGUCGGUGUUUGCGUUUUUCAGUAUUAUCGCUGCGGCGUCGCUCCAGUCGCGAUAUGGAGGCGAGGCGAAGUGGGGGAUUUGGCAGCAGCUUCAGCUCUUGUUGGAGGAGAACUGGGAUGGUAAGACUCGGUUUGGAUGCUUCUUCAUUGCUGUUGGUGUGGCAUACUCGGUCAUGGUUACCAAUGCUUAUUGCAACUCGGUCCCCUUCGGAGCUGAUAUUGCUGCGUUGUUCCCUCGUUACUUCACUAUUGUAAGAGGUCAGAUCUUCAUGACCCUUGUCUCCCUCCCCGUUCUCCCCUGGCAAAUCCUUACUAACUUUUCGCCAGUCCUUACCUUCCUUGGAAGCUACACUUUCUUGAUGGGCGCCCUCCUCGGCUGCCAAUGGGGUGACUUCCUCAUUAGAAAAGGAAACUACCAUGUGCGAUCCAUGUUCGACAAGAGCCCCAGCAGCAUCUACGUGUACUCCAAAGGGUAUAACUGGAGAGGGUUCGCUGCUUGGUUUGUCUCGUUCGCUCUUAUCUUCCCUGGACUCGUUGCGGCAUAUAUCCCUGAGAAGAUGGAUGCUAGCGCACACCGUAUCUAUAAUAUGGGAUGGAUAAUCAGCGUUGUGCUAUCGGGUGCUACUUACUACGCCAUCAACCGACUUUUCCCUGUUCCUAUUGUCCCUGAGGAAUACAAGGACUCCCAUGAGGCGAAGAAGUGGCUCGGUAUGGGAGAGAUCCAUGGUGUUUUCCCCGGAGAGACAGUCGAAGGAGUCAACACUUCGUCGGACGACGGUUCCUCGAUCGCGGAGGACGAGAAGACCAAAGAUCCUGUUGCGGUUUACUCUGUUGCCGCCUAG